AUGGAUCAGUUGAACGUUAAGGAGCAACAAGAGUUCCAACAAAUCGUGGAGCAGAAGCAAAUGAAAGAUUUCAUGACUCUCUACUCCAACUUGGUGUCGAGAUGCUUCGAUGAUUGUGUGAACGACUUCACCUCCGCAUCGUUGACUUCGAAGGAAUCCCAAUGUAUCGCCAAAUGCUCGGAAAAGUUCUUGAAGCACAGUGAAAGAGUCGGCCAACGUUUCCAAGAACAAAAUGCUAAAUUGAUGCAAGGCAAUUUCAAGUAA